AUUCAAAACUCUCUUGACCCGACAGUACCUCGAUGUUCCGCAAAGAAAACAGUAGCGUCUAUUUCGAAGGAAAAAAAGGCAAGGAUGUGCCACUGCGUAAGUCGGAUCGACUGCGCUUGCGUCAACAAGCCAUGGAGUUGUUGUGUCGAUCACCACCGGACACUUGUUCGGAAAAUGCAGAUUCCGAAGUUGUAGCGUUCUGUCUAGAGCAGGAUGCCGUACUAGACGCUGCGUUUCUGCAAGGGGCUCUCUCGUCACGGAAACUCAUUCUGGAUGACGGACGCAAGGUCACAAUGUACCUGCGAUCACCGGAAGAUGGACAAAACACAAGUACUGACGAAAUUUCCUUCAGGUGGCCGUAUCGGGAACCAUCGCCAGCACAGUGCGUCUGGCUGGAGAUUGAUUUUGGACCCAGAAAUACACUGCAGGUUCCGUCCGUCGUCCUGCUUUCCGUCUUACCCAGUAGUAGUCUCCCAACGAUACCAGUCCCUCACCAAGUCUCCAAGUAUCUCUGCCGGGGAGCCGAUCUGAUGCGUGCUGGUAUUUUCCAAUUACCUUUGUCAUGGCCAAGCUCUCAACGCGUUGUUGCGAUCACUGUUGCUGGCAAUCCACAACCCUUGGCGGUCGGUUGGCUCGACAACGCCGUGAAAUCCUUGCAGGAUGUAGGUCCACAAACUCAAGGAAUCGGAGUACACGUUGUCUCUUGCUACGGCGACGAUCUUUGGAAGCAGCAGCUGCCUCCUAAACAACUACGCCAUAAUCUUAACCGUGAAGCUCGAGUUAAUCCAACGGGCGGUGCAACGUUCAAUGCAGGACAUUACGGCAACUUGGGUUUCCAGGAAGGAGUUCGGGUGGUUCCCCUUUCCUCCUCGGCGGAAUCACACCCCGAUGCAGAGGGCGAGGAAAAACAUCAUGGAACAGCUUCUUCAAAGAGCACCCGAGAAAAAACAAACCCCCCUUUUCCCGACGAAGAAGAGACUCCCCCAGUACUAUAUGGAGGUGAAAAUUGCGCUGGGAUGGAAAAUAUUACUGUGUCCGACGACACCUAUGGGUCAAGCAAAUCUAACACAUUGCUAGAUAGGGAUAUGGAGAAUGGAGAACAGAAAAUGCCAUUAGAAGCUACUAAUGAGGCUCUUCUGCACCAUGCCGUCUGCAAGGCAGUAGCCGCUCUUUCAAAAUCGGACUUGCCCAUGGCGGUGGCAACCUUUUAUGCGCAAUACGUCCUACCGUCGCGACCUCAAGGUACCAUCAUAAAUCUGAAACAAACUCGAUACAAAAAGUUUGGCGUUUACGUGCAGGAACAAAUAGAGCAAGGCUUGAUUUCUGUCGGCCCCGACGUGGCUAAUAAAGACCCGUUCGCAAUGCUAAUCGAUGUGAACCGGAGACAUCCAGAUGUGCAGCAUAUCGUCCGAGAGGAAAAGGCGAAUUCUCCUGAAAAUGGGAGCAGUCGCUUAUCGGGUCCCAACAAGUUAGUGCUGAUUGAUUUGUACACAGUCCCACACCAUUUUAUUUCCCCGCUGCGUCUGAAUUCUGAGGCUGUGACGGCGGCGAAUGCAACGAGCGAAGAACGGAAAAAUUCAAGUAUGCUGACACUUAAAGAAAUCCGAGCUCUCUUGGACGACUAUCUGAUACGAGAAAAUCUGGCUCGGCACAACACCGUCCACUUGGAUGGCCCCUUGACCGAUGUCUUGUAUAAGAGGAAAAGGACGUCUGGAGAUCCGGUCCAAUCUACUCCACAGGUGCUAACACGAAAACAAGUUGCUUUGGCUUGGCAAGAUAAAAUGGAGCGAGGUUUCGCCCUUGUUAAAAUGCCGGGCAACCGCAUCGUCAAAUUAGGUCGGGGACCGCCGCCGCAAAUAUCGAUUGAAGUAGAGCAACGGCAGUCAAAAAAGUUCGUUACAAGGGUUCGGGGUUUGGAAAGCUAUAACAUCGACGGUCGAGUCUUUUGCAAAGACGUCUGCCAGCGCUUUGCUUGUGCGGGCAGCGUCGACUCGGAUGCCCCGGCCGGAAGGGCCACACUCAAAAAGAAUCAGGUCGAGUUAAUCUUACAGGGUAAUCUCGUAGACGCGCUGGACGCGUUGCUAACAGGCGAGGAAAAUGUGACCUCUCAUGGGGGAGCGAAGGCAUCACCGUACGCGAUUCCUGCGAAUGCUAUCAGUGUGACUCUCCGCAAAGGAGUGCCAGCACGGAAACGCCGACCAGUUCCCGCAAAGAAGUAG